AACUGGAUCCGUCGUUCGAGCCCUCUGUACGGUGGGAUGCGGAGCCAGGCGGUGGCCAGUGCGUAGCUAGAGCUCUCGGCGUCACAAGAUCCUUGAGGAGGGUGCGGUUUCGAGCUACGGCCAGCUACCCACCCCCUGGAGGCCCCACAUCCCCAGCAGGCCUUCAGGAAAGCCCCUCCUCCCGGGCGGAGACUGCUCCCAAAAGUCUACGCCCCGCAAUCCGCCGUGAGGCCAGUACCCCGAGGCUGCCGCCACCUGGCCGGGUUCCUGUGGCUGCCGCGACUCGGAGUAUGGGACACUGAUGGCCAUGGAGGGCUACAGAGGUUUCCUCGCGCUGCUGGUGUCGGCGCUGCUCGUCGGGUUCCUGUCCGUGAUCUUCACCCUCGUCUGGGUCCUCCACUACCGGGAGGGGCUCGGCUGGGACGGGACCUCUCUCGAGUUUAACUGGCACCCGGUGCUCGUGGUCACUGGCUUCGUCUUCAUCCAGGGCAUCGCCAUCAUCGUGUACAGACUGCCAUGGACCUGGAAAUGCAGCAAGCUCCUGAUGAAGUGCAUCCACGCAGGGCUGAACGCUGUCGCAGCCAUUCUUGCAAUUAUUUCCCUAGUGGCUGUUUUUGACUUCCACAAUGCCUUGAACAUCCCCAAUAUGUACAGCCUGCAUAGCUGGGUUGGAUUGACAGCCGUCAUAUUCUACAUGUUACAGCUUCUCACAGGUUUUCUCAUCUUUCUGCUUCCUUGGGCUCCGCUGUCUCUCCGAGCAUUUCUCAUGCCCAUACAUGUUCGUUCUGGAGUCCUCAUCUUUGGAACAGUGAUUGCAACCGUGCUGAUGGGAGUGACUGAGAAACUGAUAUUUGCUCUGAAUAAUCCUGCCUACAGUACUUUGCCACCAGAAGGUGUUUUCGCAAAUGUCCUCGGCCUUCUGGUUGUGGUCUUCGGAGCCCUCAUUUGCUGGAUAGUCACCACACCAAAAUGGAAACGUCCUAAAGAACCAAAUCUGACCCUCCUUCAGCCCAACGGGGGCACUCCCGGGCAAGUGGAAGGCUCCCUGGCAGUCAACUUCGGCAAGAUGGACAAAUCUGAUUCAGAGCUGAACGAUGAAACAGCAGCGAGGAAAAGGAACGUUGCCCUCGACGAGGCUGCUCAGAGAUCCACCAUGUAAAACGUUGUAGAGGUGUGGCCGGGUGACUUUGCUUUUAAAAACUCACUCUGCAGUUUAGCUUCUCCUGUUUAGCCAUAAGAUGAUUGAGCUUCACAGCGUUAAUGUUUGUGUUAAUCCUGAAGUAGGAUUUCUGGAAAGAGUGUGUCUGAGUGAGGCCUGUGCACUUGCCUGGACUGGAAAGGAGACGGGCCAUGUAAAUGAUGGCAGCUGUGAACUGUGGUUCUGUCGCUCCUCGAUGAGGACCAAAGCGUCCCGUGCCUUGCAGAGGACAGAUGCUCAGACUAUGUCUGUUUGUUGGUAAACCUGAAAACCUGGCAGCCCUGGAAGUUUUUCCAAAACUCCACUUAGUCCCAAGGCUUCCCUGGGGUUUGGCAUAUUUUAUCAUUCAUUUCCAAACUUAAUUAGAAUGGGAAUGUGCCUGUAUUCUCUAGCAGCACAAACUGUUCUAAAAACCUCAAAGAGCACUUUCCUCGAGUUCCUGUCUCUAUGUUUUAGAAGUACUUGCAUGGCACUUGCUAUGUGCCAGACACUAUUGUAAGCACUUUGUCAUUCUUAGCUUAUUCAGUCCCCAGAUGUCCUACCUUAAGAGGUAGGAGCUAUUAUUAUCUCCACGUUACGGAUGAGAGAUCUGAAGCUGAAACAGUUGGUAACUUGCCUCAGAGUCCUAAGAGGUGGAACUGAGAUUCAAAACCUGCCAGUCUGGCUUCUCUGGCUCCUCAGUCCAUGAGUCUAACCACUCCACCAGGCUCUUUUUUCUAUCUUAUACUAAUUUGCACCUACUUUGACCCUCCCCUGAAUAGGCUUCAGUUGCUGGCGUGCAGUGGAGUUGUUAAUGUUAACCUUUUCGGCCCAUUUUCCCAGGGCAGGCUCCUCCGAUAACCAAGGAAAUAGGUCCCAGGCACCUUCCACUACCCGAGAGCCAUGGCCUGCCCUGGUGCCUCUUUGUGCAUAAAGCCUUGAUGACAAAGAAAGGUUUGGUCAAGAACAUUUGUAGAUUUCAGAAUAAUCUGUCACAAUUUUUGUUCUUCACAAUCUUAGUUGCUGAACAGUUUGGGGUUUGAAGAUAGAAGAGGCUUACCUCAUGGUCUGCACUUCCUGGGGGCAAUAGCUAGGUCCUUCCAGAUCUGGGCGUGGGGGAUGGGGGUGGACUGUAGGGCGUACCUUGAGCUCUGUGUUCUUGGUAGUGAAUUGAGACUCCGAGGUGACAGCUUCCGUGCAUGGAGACCUCUCUGGGCUGACUUAAAUUCAAACCUAGAGUAGUGCCUUGCUGAAAUGAUGUUUUUCAUUUUGGGGUUAAUUUUUGGUUUCCUUGUAAUGUGGAAAAUUGGGCAUUUUAAUGUGGAUAAACACCUUAUACUUUUAUACCAAAUACAUUUGACUUUUUUGGUGUUUAGUGGAUUUCCUUUUAGGAUAACUGAUAAUUCCUUCCAUAGAUUGCAUAUUGAAUAUACUUCAUCACAUCCCAUAAACUUCAUGGAUAACCAUUCAAGAGUCCCUUAUCAAAACACUAUUUUCUUCUUACAUAAUUCUAUUUCCAAAAUUGGUAGUAGUGGUCAGGAGGACUGCCAGUGCCCAGCUCAAUGCCUGGCAAAUAGUAGGCACAAUCCCAUUUAACGGUAAAGCAUACUACAGUUUUGGUGCUAAGCAGUAAUUCCAUUGUCACACACAAACAUUUGAUAAAUGGAUGUUCCAUUACAUGGAGAGGCACAGAAUUCCAGGCUUUUUUUGCGGGGGUGGUCAGUGACAGCCUCAAAAAUUCAAACUUCCAUUCCAUUUUAUGUAGGCCAAGAAAGGUCAUCCCUGGAAAGUUAAUAGUGGACUUGGUGCUUCAAUAUUCUCUCCAUUGCCAAGUGUUCCAGCAUCCUGCAUCUCAGCCCUUCGGUUUGCCUUCCCUGUGGGCUAAUGCUAGGGUAAUCGUACAGAUGUCAUAGGAUCUUUUCUCUCUUUCUUAGCCUUUAGGAAAAUGAUGCAUAAUCAAAUAUACCUAGAAAAACUUUCUGUUUGAGACUUCUUUCAAUGGGGGUUCUAUUCUAAAGAUAAUUGUACUUUUAUCUUUCAAAAGCUAACAUUUGCUUCCUAAAGCAUCCCUCCCAAAAAUAUCUUGUUAAAAAGCCCACAAAAAGAAUAGGGGAGAAGAAAGCUUUAAGUAUCAAUUGCAAAACAGUGACUGAAAUCUCCACAAAUAAUUAUAGUUUAUAUCAUCUGAAGAGAUAACCUAGCUUGGCUUACCCCAUAAUCUAAUUUCAGGGCGAAAAAGCUUUAUUUGAACUCUCAUGUAAAUCGACACUAACACCUCUUCUCUGGAAGGGUUUCUUCUUGAGAAAUUAGAAUAUACGUUUUGAUUUAAUGUUGUCAAAAGUGUACAGCCUCCUAUGCGCCUUGUGUCAAACAGAAUCCACCCCCCCUCCCCCACCGAGGUACUUUCUUUCCUUUCUUUGCUUGGUUUCAUUUCAGCUGUGAUGGUUAGAAACAGCAUCUCGGACCUUACCAUCCAAUGACAAAGAAGGUGAUCACACCUUUCAAGGGCCAGUGACCAGUGGUUUCUGUUUCUAAAAUGAAGAGGAUGUCUUACUCUUAGUUAGGCUACUUGCCCCGCUGAGUUGGAAAUCCCAGUUGCUAUACUAGGUGACCACAGCUGCCAAGUCUAAACGCUCAAAGAAGUAGGGAUUUAUGCUAAUUUUAUUGCCAUGUGAUAGAAUAUUUAUCUUGGCCUGUCCUUUCUUGGGAUAAUUCCAACAGGAAAUUGUAACUGCUAUGUCUUAGAGCUGCACAUAUAAAAGUAUAGAAGAAAAGACAACUAUUAUUCUUCAUUCUUUAUAAGGUACCUGGAAAAGAUUUCUAUGUUUGAAUUUGUCUUUUUAUCUCAGCACGUUUAUAGAAAAAUAUUAAAUAGCCUGAGUAUUUUAAAAUUUUGUAGAAGAAAAUAUGCAUCUAUUUUUUUCUUGACUUGUUUUUAUAUAGCAAUAAAAUCAUUUUGGAUCCUA